AAAAAUGUCUACGGUUGACGCCUUGACGCUAGUUGAUGAAAUUUCUUAAUUUUUUGUUAGAUUUACCUGAAAUUUCGGUUAAAUUAUAUGUAAUAAAAUCUAUUUGAACAUUACAUAACAUACUUCACACAAAUGGUGCGCUUUGGUAUCAACUUUGUGAAAACUCUACUGUGUAAAUUGUUGCUUAGUUAUUAUGCGUCUUUUAUCAAUUCGCAUGUGCGUGAAAGAUAUGUCAGACUAGAAGAAAACGUAGAAUUUGUCGCAGUUUUGAAAAUGUAAUACCGAAUUAUAGCCAUCGCUAUGUUUUUUAUAAUAAGUGUUUUUACAUUUUGUGAAAUGGAUGAUCAAUGAAAUUGUAAUGAAACGAACAAGUGUUGUGUCGGUUAGUUAGUUUUUGACAGCCGGCUGGCUCGUCGUAAGCGACUCACUAUUGGUUCCCCAUAAAAAUGAACAGUCGCAGUAGUGUAAAUGAAACGAAUUUGGUGAAUUUCUCAACGGAUUUGUCGACAUUAAAUCAAUUGGACACAAAGGACGGAUUGCUAAGUUUUCCUUUUGAUCAUAUUUAUGCAUGCUCUGAUAGUUCAGAUCGCAGACAAACUCUUCAACUUGACAAAGAGGUUGAGAUUUCGACACAUUGCGUGGUCGCCGAGGACAAUAAAAUAUCGACUGGCACCAGUGAUACAAUCAAAUUGAAAGAGCAGUUGGCUGCAUCUGAAAAUCAAAAUAAGAGGCUGAAAGAUCUUCUUAUUUAUCAUUUAGAUCUGAUCCAGCAGCAGAACGAGCUUAUCACUAAAAGAGAAAAAUUGUAUCAAUCUUUAAAACAAGAAAAUGAUACUCUCAAAACUAAGCUGAGUAAGCGUGUGACCACUGUUAGCCAGAGGCAUAGUGUGAACCCACCGCCGCUGGUUCACGUCCCGUCGUGUGGUUUGCCUCCACCGUCAACGCUACCUCCUGUCACAUCUACAGUGGUGAAAACUGAACCUGGCCCAUCGUCACAGAUAAUGCUGAAUAGUUUCACUGAACUUCUACUACCGGAUAAUCGAACAAACCCAUUCGUAUUUGAUAGCGAUAUCAAUAAAACUAAAUCUUUUGGGCAAGAUUCUUUUGAAUUGUCAAGGGGUUCUGAAGACGUUGCAAGUUUUUUGCAAGGGGACUUAGGAGUUCCGUCUUUACUGGAUAGCAAUGUUAACUGUGAGAAUUAUACAAUGAUUGAAAAUAAGCGUUCAUAUGUUAAAAAAGAAAUAAAGACUGAACCUCGUUCCGAUGCUUUGUAUACCCUAACACCAAAUAGUGGUAUUCAAAGAUUACAAAGGAGCAGGAGGAGAACUUCCUCAGGAUUAGGGAGUUUAAGUCGAAUGUCUAAAAGUCCCAGUACUAAAGUUGAAAUGCCUGAAAACAGUAAAGUGUUCGAUGAAGACAACAAAAGUUUCUCAAAUUCUUUUAAUGUAAAUAAAAAAUCUAAGAUAAAUACUUAUGGUAAGUCUAGAAGUGCUAUAACAAAGAGGACGUCACAGUUCACCGGCUCGCUCUCAGAUAGGCUGCAAUUAAUUGAUACCACACCGACCGGCGAAGAUCCUUAUCAACUAGGCGAAGCUGACAUGAGGGAGCAAUCUCCUAUACCGAAGUUGAUGCUGCAAAAGACGAAUCACGGUAGAUUGAAAAUAUGUUCUGAUGGUUUAGGCGAAAGCACUACAACGACGCCCCGACGAAUAUACGAUCCGACCGGGACAGAAAACAAAGCGACUAAUAAAAUAAAAAUUGACAGGUACAAUUUGCCCAGUACUUAUGUGCAUCCUUCAGAUAUAAAGAAAGAAACGAAAACUGUCAUUGUAGAAGAACCAGAUCUAGAUAUUGUUAAAACGGAACCCGAGAUUGACUGGCGAAUGUACUUGCCUAACAACAAACCUGGGAACGAAACCAGUUUGUGUGACUUCUCUUAUGGGGAAAAUUCUAAUAACAUAGCAUCACAUAUCUUACCCUCUAUAGGCACUAUGGAGUUCCAAGAUCUCUUCUCACCCGAUUCCCCGUUGAAUCUGGAUAAUUUGAACACAGUGGUAUAUGACCCCAGCAAUGAUAAGCAUACUUCAGAUAAAUCUAAGAAACGAGGCAUAAGGACGUCUAGUUUAAUAGGCUCUAACCUUUUAGGGGGAGAAGCAAUUGACAAAAGAAUAAGUGACAGUAAACGAGGAAGAAAGCGAGCUCUUUCGGCGACAGGACUCGUGAAGGCAAUGAAAGGCCAAAACCCUCAAAAGGUUAUCAUAGUCGAGCCAAAACCAAAGUUAAUUAAGGGUAAAGCUGCUUGUCGCGGCAAAAAAUCUCCUUUGCCUGCAAUGGUGACGAAUAAGCCAUAUCAUACUUUAGUCGGUGACCCCGAUCUAUCUUGGUACCUGGGCUUAGAUCCUGACGUCAAAAUGGAAGAUGUUGAUCAACCAGUAGAAAACUGCAAACUUCCUUCAGUUGAGGUACCACGGUGGAGAGAAAAGCCUUAUACUAGUUGUUAUACACUUGAAGGAACAGAAAAUUUAGAUGACAAAGUUUACGAGAAAAGGCAUCAAAAGCUAGAGGCUGAAGAAAGGCGGCAACUAAGAUGGCACAUGCGAAGGAUUCGCGAACAGAGGCACGUGGAAAGGUUGCGUCAACGACAGCGGGAUCCUUGGGGAGGCAACAAUUCUUCGUUCCAGCAACCCUCCGUAUUCACUAUAUGGCCCCAACCGCAGAGAGACGUCCGUUUCAUAGAGAUCACGGAUACACUGCCGGUCAUGGCCUUCGGAGAAAUACUACCAGCAUUGCCGGAGUCUGACUUCGUGCUACCGUGGGUGAGAACUUCGAAAGCAUUGAAAAGGUCCAAACGGUCUAAAACGUUACAUUAGUAAUGAAAUAAUCAAGAGGACUACAUUGUUGAUGUUUGGUUCUUAGAUAUAAAUAUUGAUACUAAUGCUUAUAUUGACGGAUGAAAUGAAUGGUAUGAAACGAUGAAGUUUGUAUAAAUUUUUUCACUAAGGAUUUAGUGCGAGUUCACAGCGCAUUGAAUUAUUAUUGCCUAUAUAAAAUUAAUGAGCGAUAUAUAAUGAAUCGCUAUUCUCUAUCACCGGUUUAUAGCGUAGCGUGAUUAAACCAAACAUAGUUUUUAGUAGGUAUGUAUAUUUGAGUAUAGUUUCAAUGGUAAGGAACACUGUGUGCUCUCUAAAUCUCGAAAGUUUCUGACGAAUGCCUGUUUUUUUUUAAUGUAAAUACGCUUUUUAUUAUAAUAACAGUGGGAAAUGGACUGAACAUUGUAAAUAUUGAAGGCAUGUGAUAUGAAUUUUUAUGAAUAUUGGUUAGGAUUGAGUAUUUGUGUACUGUAUGAAUUUAUGUUUUUGUCUGUAUUCACAAUAGGUUAGUGUGAGGAAUGCCUGAGAUGUUACAAUUAGUAUAUUGACUUGUAUCUUGAGAGCCAGUAGUCUUUCAUUAGAACUUAGAUGUGUGAGUCGGAGAGAAUGUGUAAAUGAAUGUAAUUAUUAUUUUUACAUAAAACGUUUAAGAUCAACACAUGAAUAUGUUCAAAGCUGAAGAGAAAAAUCAUGAAAAUGUAUAUUCAAACUGAAGUUAGAAAUAUUGGUUACUCAAUAAUAAUAUUGUAAAUUAAUAGCAAGUUGUUAUUUAAGCAUGCAUUGCGGUAGGACAAAAAUAUCAAAAUAUUUGAGCGAAAUGUUAUUAUAGGUCUUUAACAUCUAUUUAUUGUAGUUGUUCGUCGAGCCUAUAUACAACUUUGGUUUUUAGUUGCCUGUAUAUCAUUUAUGUAUUUUUAAUGGAACAUUUUAUACAUUUUAAAGUCAACAUAUUACCGCCACAUACCGUCAUUAGUGAAAUAUUGCGUUAACUAGUUAGCGAAUACAUUAGCAUAACUGCCAUGCGAUUUGCUAAUUUUACUAUGCUUGCGAUAUAUCCAUACUAAUAUUACAAAUGCGAAAGUGAAUUUGUCUGUUUUUCUGUUGGGAUUUCAAACUUAAACUGCUGAACAAAAUUUUAUGAAUGCUAGCAUAUACAUACACAAGACUUUGGAGAAGGGCAAAUGUCGCUUUUUCUUAUAAAAAUAAUACUAAUUAUAAUGAAAGUUUGUAUAGUGCGAAUCAAACUUUGUGACGUUUAAAUCCUAUACAUAACACAAACAUUGGUGUCGAUUCUGGUAUGAUUCUCUUAUCUUUUUAAUUUGGAAGAGCUUUUAAUCUACGACUUUGUCUCACUUUAAUACUAAAAAGAAAAAGAGACGAAAUUGCAACGAACUAACGAAUAGGGGUGAUGACGGGGUACAGUAAACAAAAUUUUAUUUAGUCCGUCAGUUAGAUGAUCAAAAAAUAAUGGACAAGUAUUUUUUCUUUGGGCCAUCAACCAAAAAAUUACAAAGUUAUAGCGCGUCGCGCAAAGUUUGGGAGUAGGGGUUCGUGACGUCACUUUUAAGUGAAAAUUGUACCAAAAAGUGACGUCAUGCGACUUUUCAAAUCAAUAUAUCUCUGCAAUGUUAAUAUUAUGUGAAAAAAGAAAAAAUACGUUUCCAAUACUUUUUGAUAAUCUACCUGAUAAACGAAGAAAAAAAAUUGUCAUCAUCCCUAUUAUGCGCAGAUCAGCAAAACCUGCGCGCAUCGAAAUUUCGUUAACUGAGCCGCCACUUGCACUAACUUCACAGCUGUUGUUUAUUUUGAACCACAUUAUUUAAGGAAAGCAAGACGAUGUUGCACGCACUUACUUCAUUAGCAAAGAGUCGUAGAGUAAAUUAGAAAAAAAAAACUUAAGUUUACAUAUAAAAAUGAAUAUAUAUUAUGCUAAGGUAGCAGCGAUAUAGUUUAAACAAAGUUAAAGGCUAUUAAUGCGGGUCUACAAUUUUAUAUAUUGCACAAAACAGAGUUACAGCAAGUAAAAUUAUUUAACACACUUAAAAAAACAAUAGAGAAAGAUAUACUUACCUCCGCUAGUAAAUAUACAACACAGUAACAGUACUUAAAAUCAAAGAAAAUAUUAAUAAUUACACUAAAAUAAAAUUGAUUAUUUUUUUAAAACUCUUAAUUUUUGUAAUGCUAAUGGUUACUUUCCAUCAUUAUUUAGGUUAACGAUAUUAGAUCAUGUUUUUUUUACCGUUGGAUUUAUUAUCAACGAGUACAAACUUAAAAUAAACAUAUUAAACUAUCCAGCCGUGAAAAUGAGUACUUUCUUUACUCAAGAUCUGACAAAAUAUCAAUGAAUAUGUUUAGAGAUUUCAUUCAACUUUAUCUAACAAAAGUUAAUACUCAUCGCCGGAUCAAAGUGGUCACAUUCUAUUUUAGGAUUUACCUUUGCCUUACCCGACAUAAACCGUUAUAACAGUUAAAUCUUUCAAUCUUUUUAUACCUUUUUCUCCUAGUUGAUACCCCGCUACCUCACCUGCCUAUAGAAUAAUAAAUUGAUUUCAUAUACAAACUUUCAUUAUAUCUAUUUCACUACGAUCAAGUUUCGUUUUUGCGGCUAAAAGUAUAGUAUAUUCCCUUCUUUCAUGUGCUCCUUGUUUUACACCAUACUAUAAUACAUCAAACUUGAUCAACGGUUUAGACAUAACCCGUAACAGAAAAAUGGACAGUAGUUUGGCAUUUACAAGAUUAGUAGUAUAUUAUAAAUAGAAGCCGAAUUGCGACUUUUUGGGAGAAAAUUAUGAUGAUUUUAAAGUUUUACCGAAGGAUUCCUUAUGCGAUGUGUUUUAUUACGUUUUUAGUACGCAAAUUAUUAGAGUAAAUGAUUGUAUAUACUUUUAUUUUUUUACUGAGCAAUACUUUUCUUUAUUAUGGUUUAGUACAAGUAUUUUUUGAAUUUCUUGCAAAAUAACUAAAACAAUUUUUUUUACACCAGACCUAUGCUAGAAUACCGUGGCUGCAGCUGUUUUGAAUAUAAAAUCUGGCCAAGUGUGAGUUAGAUUCGCAUAUACGAUUGAAGAAUCUUAUAUGCGAAUCUAACUCACACUCAGUACAAAGUCCCGUUUUCGACUUCACAUGUGCUUUUAAAACCUUACUUGAAUAAAUUAUAACGAAGAAUCUACAAAUUAAAUGUCUAAAAACUGAGGGUCAGGUCAAUUUGUAGUAAAGUCAGAAAUUAAGGGGAAUUUUGAAUUUCGUCACUUUCAUUCGUAGGAUGUUGUGACAGUUUGAGUUUUUUUUCUUUUAAUUAUUAUUUUAACAGUUAUGAUGCUAUCUCAUACAUAGUGCAGUUGGCCUUAAAGUUCAGACAAAAGUGGAGAAAAUGUAUCUCCUCGCGCUAUGUUUGAGUCCACCUUUAUGUUUUACGUGGAGUAUCAUCUGUUUUGUUAUUAUUCUUUUUUAAUUCAUCGCCACCAAUAUUUGUUAGUAACUUACAAUAACAUUCCAGAGUAAUAUAUAUUUUUAUGUAAUUCUGCUAAGCGUUAAUUUUAAAAAGCUUUUUAUAUCUUCAUGCUUUUGUUGUAGGCACUUUUGAAGAAACAAAUGGUUUGGAUAUUUUUAUUUUAUAUGAGAACAGAGUUCCACAAUUUUAUGUCACAAAAGUCCUGACCGUUGGAGUACAAAAAACAUGUCUCCCAUUUAUGGUUAGCAGCUUAUUAGUCAUAUUGCAUUUGACGUAUUAAUAUUAUUGAUAUAAUUGGUGAACUUAUAUAACAAGAGGCCUCCUUGAUUAUUUAAAUGAGUAUACUGUACUAUAUGUAUAGUAGUUGUGAGAUAGUACAGUGUGAGUUAUUUUUACGCCACAAUUACAACAAGGAAACUGAAAUGAGUCAGUAGCUUAACCAAACUUACUUUAUAUUAGAUUAGGCCUACUACGACACGAUUUGUAUUUUAAACUUAAACGGAAAUUUAAGAGUUUUGAUCCAUUUUCCAAUGGGCGCAGCCAUUGGAAAAUGGAGUCGUGACACGCGCGCAGGCCAUAUUUAGUUUCUUAUCUUUUUAUAAUUGGGUACACGUGCAGCUCUUCUAUAUUAGCGUCACUAGAAUUUGAAAAUUACGUUAACAUACAUUUACGUGAUCGCAACAUGAUUGUAAUUAAAAGUGUAGCCAUUGCAAAAGCACCUUUACUAACACUAGCAAGAAGUUUAUAUUUAUGCAACUUAAAAACCAAAGCGAAUAUGUAUGCUUUGAAUUAUUUCGAAUAAUAAUUAAAAAUAUUGUACAUAACACUAUGUUACAUAUUAAGUUUGAAUUAAUGGAAAUUUAACAAAUAAGAAAUAGAGGUUUGUAAAGAUUAAGUAGCCCAUGGUCUUGGAGUAGCCAUUUUUAGAUUUUAACACCGUGUCCAUGAAGGACAUUUAACUUAUUUUUUACAUAUGUUUCACGAAAAUUCUGAGCAGACUAUUGAAAUUAUUCGUAUCUGUAUAGUUUACAAGUAUUAAUUAUUUCAGUCAAAUUUAACAUUAUACCAAUGACAACGUAUUAAAUAUGUUUUGGUAUAGAAAAUGAGAUAAUCUUUUGCAUUAUUUACAAUCGAAUCGAAAUCUCGUUUGGUGGUUGCAUAGUCAAGAAUGCUUCCGUUUGUUUGUGAAUUAGCAAAGAUUACUUUAUGGUCGGAGGGAAGGGUACAUCAAUCUAACUUGGCUAAUGCCCAAUACUUACAACAUUUUUAAAAGUUGCAGGUGUAUUAAUUUAACUACAAUUACUGGGCUUAGUAAUGGUGUGCAAAGCACUUGCCCAAUGAAAACAUUUUUAAUGUUGUAAUAAUUGCAUGUGUGUAUUAGUUAAUAACUUCCACAAGACAGCAGCUUUGUUGUGUUUUCUAUAAGUAAUGUUAAUGUAAUGAAAUUUAGACCUCAAAGGUUUUUUAAUUAUCUUUAGGAUGUGCUGCUCCAAAAGGAAAUGUCAAAUCAUUAAUGUUCACGAAAAAUAUUAUAUUCCUUCCAAAGAAUCUUAAGUGUAAUAUGUCUACUGGUUAUGUUGGCUAAUUUAUUUAAUAAAUGAGUUGUUCGUGGUGAAAUCAUUAUUUUUGUAUGUUUAGAAUUGAUAAGAUCCAUCACAUUGUAAAUAUAGUACUGUUGAAUAAUUUACUGUAAGACCAUUAUGGUUUAUAAUUUUCAUAUUUUUAUGUAAUAAGUGCCGAUGUAAUUAAAUAUAAAUUUUUUUGAACUUGUUUUUGUCAAAAGUAAUAUUAUGUUUAUUUAGUAUUUAUGGCAGGAAUAUCCUUAAUUUUUCUAUAACCAAAAGUUGAUCUAGGUCACUGAAAAUUGGGAUAAGAUUGUGACUAGAUGUGAUCAUCGUGACAGUGAUCUGAACUCCGCGUUCAUUGAAUUUUACAACACCUUUUCAAAUAAUUUCACACCCGAGAAAAUUUUGCCCAAAGCAUUUUUAACAUGUUUACUUAUAAUAUUCAUUGCAUUUUAGUAUUUUUUGAAAUGAAGAAAAUCGUAAUAAAUAGUGUUUUAAAUGAUUCUCUUACGUAUAAGUGUAUUGAAUAAAAUAGUUUGUGCCUAGCAGCAGUCGUCGUUGCAGUUGUCUUUGGAUCGAAUUUGCAAACCUUCUAGCUGCAAUACUCACUCAGAGCCGUCAAUUAUUUUUAAGUUUUAUUAAAGUUGAAGCUGUCACUGCAUUUGCAAUUUUUUACCUUGACAAGUAUUAAAUUUAAAUGGCGUCUCUGGGUCUGGCCCUAAUUAUAUUUGUGGUUUUUAUUAUAUACAAGCCUAGAUACCGUAUCAACUGCACGAAAGAAAUCUACUCCAUAAGGUAGUUAACCUUAUGGAGUAGAUUUUUUUUCGACGCUCGUCGCUAAACAUUUCACACAUAAACAAUCUGAUAAUAUAGUCACGCUCACAUUGCGCGGAAUAUGAGCCGCUUUCUUUGCGUGGUUUAUUUGGAUUUGUCUAUGUAGGCGUGUAUAUUAUCAAAGAUAGGUAUGCCUGCAAUAUGUAUGAUAACUGUUGGUCUUAUUAAUCGGUGACAGCGUUAUAUUAGUUUUUGUCUAGCCAAAAAUUGGUUUUCGUCAAAUCCAAUAGAAUCGAAUGUAAACGUUUAUCUGACCUUUUGCAAUGCUGUUACUAUACUUAUAUAUAGUCGAAAGUUAAUUAAUGUCUAUUGAUGGUACCUAAUUUUUUAUGACCGUUCGUUCGGUUUGGAUAAAAGCCAUCUUGCCCAUGGGUGUUGUUAUAUUUAUCCAAUAAUUCGUUAUCAAUGCGGUUCUGUGUUAGGAUGGUCGAGAUCGUAGCAUCACAGAGAUCAAUUAAUUUAUUAUUAAUACCGCAAUAACGUCACAGAAAUUCAUGUACCGGUCACCCACUACACGUUACGAAGGUACUUCGGUUUUGAGGAACUAUAGUUUAUAUAGUGAAAAUUAACAAGAUCUCAUUAAUGUUAAUAUCGCAAACGCAAAGUUGAGUAAGUAGUUAACAUUUUACUUGCAAGCACCAGAAACUAAUAUCACCUUUCUUUGAGCACUGUCAAUGAACAUACAUAUAAUAUGAUGCAUAACAUUCACGACCGUUCCCAGCAAUUUUUCGCCGGUAAGCUUACCCGAGCUAGGUUUUCACUUUUUAGAAAUUUAUUGGAAAGUAACAUCGGUUUUUAUAAAAUAAACUAUGAUAAAUCCAACGAAUUGGAAAUAAUAUGGAAUACAAACUGCUCUGAAGUGAUUCCACUCGGACUGCGAUCAAAUGGGGGCGGGGCGAAAAAAAUGCGGUCAACACGCCGAUCAUGGGAUUGGUUGGAAUUUCCGUGUAACAUUAUCUUACCCAGUGAAGGAAUAGCCGAAUUCAAUUGCAGAUAUUUGAUUUGCCAAAUUAUUUUGUUUUGUCUGUGUACGUGUCUCGUUAAAAUUUUGAAGUUUAAUUUUAUGAGUUUGGAACCAUGUUUUAACCUUUAGUAAAGAUUAAGGCUUCCUUAUCAUUUUUAAUUCGUUGGAUAAAUCUUCUCACAAAUAGGACGUGAGAAACAGGCAUUAGAAACCGACUACUUAAAUAAUUAAUAAUGUUUAACUUUGAUUUGUAAUGAAACUUGUUUCCAGUUCUUUAUCGCUGUAUUUGUAUAUCUUUCUUUUAUAAUCGCAACAAAUUGUAAAAUAGUAUGUUUAGGUAUAUGAUAUGGCAUUUAUUAAAUAAUCUCAAAAAGUGGUAUGUUUCAGUGUACAAGUUAAUAGUGUGUCUGACACUAUUAAAUUACUUAGGUAGUUUAAAUAUUUAUCUUCCCUUUAUCUGUAAGAGAUUUAUUUCAAUUUAAUUACGAAUUCAUGUGAUACUUCAGACUAAGUUGUAUAAGUACAUGGAAAUAAAGGACCUUUGACUUUAGAAACUUGUUGAUUUUUAUUUUAAUAAAGAACUU